AUGCGGAUUUACAAGAGUAAGACUACAAGAUGUUCUUAUGCUACUGAAGAUUUAAAAAAUGCUGCGAGGGCUGUAAACGAUGGAGGAAAAAGUGUUAAUGCCGCUGCUAACCAAUUCGGUAUCAAACGGAUGACUUUGACAAGAUUUUUGAAGAAAUUAAAUGAAGGUGGUGAUUUAUCCAUGGGCUAUGCAACACUGAGGCAAGUAUUUUCUUCUACACAGGAAGACUCACUGAAAAAAUACUUGCUACAAAUGGCAUCAAUCUUUUAUGGAUAUUCUCCAAAAGACGUCCGUCGCCUUGCCUAUGAAUGUGCUGCUAAAUUUGGCAUUAAAAUUCCACCCAGCUGGGCUGCAAAUAAGAUGGCCGGAAAAGAAUGGCUUACGAUGUUUUUAAAACGUAACCCCGAGCUAUCCAUACGAAAACCAGAACCCACUAGCCUUGCGGAAGUAAUAGAUAGAUAUGGAUUUACUGAGGCAGACAUUUGGAAUGUAGAUGAGACAGGUGUAUCCACUGUGCUGAAGCCAAAUAAAAUUGUAGCAGCCAAAGUAGUAACUGCUGUAUCUGCUUUUGGAAAUGCUGUACCUCCUAUGUUUGGAUUUCCAAGAAAACAGUUUAGGACACACUUUCUUAACGGUGGUCGCCCUGAAUGUAUAGGAGCAGGCAAUGCUAGUGGAUGGGUUACAGAUGAAGAAUUCUAUCAGUUUAUGCAACAUCUUAUAAAAUAUGUGAAACCAUCCAUUGAGCACCCUGUUCUAUUAGUGCUGGAUAAUCACUCCUCUCACUUGAACGUAAAGACCCUAACUUUGGCAAAAAAGAACGGAGUUGUGAUGUUGUCCUUUCCACCGCAUUGUAGCCACAAAUUACAACCGUUAGAUGUGUCAGUCUUUGGACCGUUCAAAAAAUAUUGCGCUGCUGCUCAAGAUGUAUGGCUACGUAACAACCCGGGGAAAACCAUUAUAAUCUAUGAUAUACCAAAAAUAGUGGCUGAUUCGUUGCCGUUUGCUCAGACAAAUAUAAAUAUUGUUAACGGUUUCCGAAAGACAGGCAUCUUCCCGUAUAAUACAAACAUUUUGGGUGAGGAUGAGUUUUCACCGUCAUUUGUAACCGAUCGACCUGAACCAGAAACUAUCGAGCCGGAAAAAAAUCAUCCAAAGCAAGCUAUGAUGUCCAGCACUGAACCUAAUUCCAUUCUUUCUGCCUCUACCAGUCAAGCUGAACCCGAACCUGGCCCAAGCAACAAAGAAAACGAGAUGUUCAACGUUCGACCAAUACAAGUAUUUUUCUCGGAAAUUGUACGACUCAAAAGGCUGGCCCUAGAAAAGCAGUUGAAAUAA